CUCCUGCGAUCUUCACAUUCACACACCAAUUGAGACACAGACAAAAGCAGUCGGCAGCUUCUAUUAGGCUUACCAUGACAGGCUUGUCUCACAUCUGAUUCAAAAAGGAAGCACGGACACAAACGCACCACUCACAGCAGGAGCAGACAUACGGGAAACUGCCACUGUGUCACAUACUGAUAAGUCACUCCAGAGAAACUGCUGAUCUGGGACCAGCUGGAAGGACAAAAUGGGUGUGUGGAUGGCCCUGAUUCUGGCCUCGCAGCUGCUAUUAAAACUGAGCUCACACGUGGAAGCCCAGGCUUUAGUCUAUGAUCUGCUCACCUCGCCUGAUUGCUUGCCAGACCUGCUGCAGGGGGGUCUGGCCGAGCAAGGAGUGAACGAGGCUUUCAUCCUAACCUCCUUCAAGUUGCAGCCCAAGACCGGAACCACUGUGUUUUCCCUAUACAACCCCAGGGACAACAGCAAGUACUUUGAAUUCACUGUGAUGGGGAAGCUCAAUAGAGCUGUGUUACGCUACCUGCGGACUGACAAGAGGAUGAGCUCAGUAACCUUCAACAACCUGGUGCUGGCAGAUGGCCAAGUACACCGACUGUUAUUUCACCUGAAGGGGAUGCAGCAGCAGGGGCCAGGCGGGGUGGAGCUGCAUCUGGACUGCAGGCUGGUGGAGACAGUCAGGGAUCUCCCCGCUGCCUUCCAGGGUUUGCCAGCAGGCUAUGGUACGGUGGAUCUAAAGACCAUGCAAGCCAGAGACCAGGAGAGUUUAGACGAGCUCAAGCUGGUGGUUGGGGACACAUUUGAAAAUGUUGCUUCAUUACAAGACUGCCAUUUCCAACAAAGAGACUCCGUCCAAACUCUGGGGGUCAACACGAAGCAGCUGUCCAAUCAAAUGCUGGAGUUAACAAAGGUGAUAAAUGAGCUGAAAGACGUCCUCAUUCAGCAGGUUAAAGAGACUUCAUUUCUCAGAAACACCAUCUCAGAGUGUCAGGCCUGCGGUCUGGGUGGUACUGAGGUGGUGAAACCAAGGUGUGCCCCAGGUGUCUGUUUCCGUGAUGGUAUGUGCACGGAGACCGCCGAUGGUAUUGAGUGUGGACCAUGUCCUGAUGGGUACACUGGGGAUGGUUUCAACUGUGAUGAUGUGGAUGAGUGCCAGUUUAACCCCUGCUUCCCUGGAGUGAAGUGCGUGAACACCGCCCCGGGCUUCCGCUGUGAUGCCUGUCCGCUGGGCUACACCGGCCUGGCAAUCGAGGGUGUGGGCAUUUUGUUCGCUCAGACCAACAAACAGGUCUGUGAUGACAUUGAUGAAUGCAAGGGGCCCAACAACGGAGGCUGUGCUGCAAACUCAAUCUGUCACAACUCUGUGGGCUCGUACCACUGUGGCAGCUGUAAGUCAGGCUUCACAGGAGAUCAGGUGAAGGGCUGUAAGCCAGAGAUCAGCUGUGGCAACAGCCUGACCAACCCCUGCGAUGUCAACGCCCAGUGUAUGGUAGAGAGGGACGGGUCAGUCCAUUGUCAGUGUGGAAUCGGCUGGGCCGGUAACGGAUACCUGUGUGGGAAGGAUACUGACAUUGAUGGAUACCCAGAUGAAAAACUCAAAUGCAAAGAUGCAAACUGUAAAAAGGAUAACUGCAUUUUCGUUCCAAACUCUGGUCAAGAGGAUGCCGACAGAGAUGGUCAAGGAGACGCUUGUGAUGAUGAUGCAGAUGGUGACGGUAUACCAAACGAGCAGGACAACUGCUGGUUGAAGCCGAAUGUGGACCAGAAGAACACUGAUAAGGACAGCCACGGCGAUGCCUGUGAUAACUGUCGCACGGUGGAGAACCCUGACCAGAGGGACACUGACGGCGACGGCAAAGGGGACGCCUGCGAUGACGACAUGGAUGGAGACGGCCUGAAGAACUUUCUGGACAACUGCCAGCGGGUACAGAACAGAGACCAGAGGGACCGGGACGGAGACGGAGUGGGAGAUGCCUGUGACAGCUGCCCCGACAUCCCCAACCCAAAUCAGUCUGACAUUGACAACGACCUGGUUGGAGACUCCUGUGACACAAACCAGGACAGUGACGGCGACGGUCACCAGGAUACCAAGGAUAAUUGCCCGUUCGUGAUAAAUAGCUCCCAGCUGGAUACCGACAAAGACGGGCUGGGUGACGAGUGUGACGAUGACGACGACAACGAUGGGAUCCCUGACACUAUACCACCGGGACCAGACAACUGCCGGCUGGUACCAAACCCUGACCAAAUUGACGACAACAAUGAUGGCGUUGGAGACGUGUGUGAGUCUGACUUUGACCAGGAUAAAGUGAUAGACAGGAUCGACAACUGCCCUGAGAAUGCUGAGGUUACGUUGACUGACUUCAGGGCCUAUCAGACUGUGGUGCUGGACCCCGAGGGCGACGCCCAGAUUGACCCCAACUGGGUUGUUUUGAACCAGGGAAUGGAAAUUGUUCAGACCAUGAACAGUGACCCAGGACUAGCUGUUGGUUACACUGCCUUCAGUGGAGUGGACUUCGAGGGCACAUUUCACGUAAAUACAGUGACUGACGACGACUACGCCGGCUUCAUCUUCGGAUACCAGGACUCAUCCUCCUUCUACGUGGUGAUGUGGAAGCAGACUGAACAGACCUACUGGCAGGCGACACCCUUUAGAGCCGUAGCCGAGCCGGGCAUCCAGCUUAAGGCUGUGAAGUCUAGAUCGGGCCCCGGGGAGCACUUGAGAAACUCGCUGUGGCACACGGGAGACACCAACGAUCAGGUGCGUCUGCUGUGGAAGGAUCCCAGAAAUGUUGGCUGGAAGGACAAGGUGUCCUACCGUUGGUACCUGCAGCACCGCCCACAGGUCGGAUACAUCAGGGCUCGGUUUUAUGAGGGAACAGAGCUGGUGGCAGACUCCGGUGUGACUAUUGACACGACCAUGAGAGGAGGACGACUCGGUGUGUUCUGUUUCUCUCAAGAAAAUAUCAUCUGGUCCAAUUUGAAAUACCGCUGCAACGACACCAUCCCAGAGGAUUUCCAGGAGUUCAGCACUCAGCAUGGCGUUGACUCACUCUGAAGUCGAGACAAAAAUAUGACACCAGAUCUCUAAAGACUGCUUCUGUGUGGGAAUGUGUGAAUGUGUAAGCGAGUGUCUGUGUGUGUAUGUGUAUGUGUGUGAGUGUUUGUGUGUGUCUGUCUGUUUGUGUACUGAUGUGUACAGUUUUAGUGCAUAUAAAACCACACAAUCUUUGUACUGUAUGUGCAUAUUAUCAUGUCUGUUUUCUUUUCUAUCUGUGUCCUCCUGUUUAAUCAUCUCUGAAAGACUCCAGCCGAAUGUGCCAUGCUGAAUAUUAUAAGUUAUGAUGAUUCUUACUGAACGUGAUACAACAUCACAUUAUAAGGAAAGAAACACAACACAAGAACAUGUAACAUAAGAUAAUAUAAUGCAACAUAUCAUACGGUUAAAGUGGAAACAGACAAGUUUUCGACGUCUCCUGACGUCUCCAAGUGGUAUUUUUGUUAGUGCUGCUGUCACAUAGAUAACCAAAUCACUUUCUGUUUUCCUCAGGGCCUAGCAACGGGGCUCCUUUUCUUUUCCCAGGUGGAGUUUCCACAGUAACCACCGUUCGCCAUUUUCACUUCUGGGUAUAGUAACUGAUCAUAGACUGAUCCUGUUUUGUAACUACAGGUAGCUACCAGGGAAACAAAAGUGCUAUCCUCUUCCUGUUUUGUUUGCGCAGUGGUUGACGCACUUGCUUUGCACUCUUGAGCCUUCAUUUUCGCACCUGGUGGCAGAUAGAAUUGCAAAAUGAAAGCGCGGCCUAUAAGGAACCAAUGUACAUGCAGAUGAUCUCAUUAUUCUAUGGCCACUACACUGUGCAAUCAACAUUUACUUUAUAUUAAGUAGAAGCAAAAAGACAUGUUUAUUUCCACUUUAAUAAUGAACAGUUUCCAUUAAGUUCCAUGUAUUUUCAAAAUAUAAGGAUCAUCAUUAUAAGAACAGUAUUUUGCUCCCAUACAGUGGAGAUUUUAGCUUAAAUCUAUUCCAGUUCAAACAACCGCAUGGGAAGUUCUCAUUUUGGAUCAACCUCUACUGACCUUUUUCUACAUUUUGAUCAUAAACUGUCUGUAUUUGUUUAACAAUCAUGUUUAUUUGUGCUCCUUUUGUGGAGAGAAGAUGAUCAGACCAUAUUUUGUAUGAUUAAAAUUCCAGACUGUGCCUUAUAGAAAAUUAACUUAAAGCUCAGUGUAACCAUAUUUUCUCUUUCCAUCACUUGGUCCUUGGCAUCUUGAUCAUUUCAUAUCUAUGUAGUCAUGAACCUGGUUAAAAUAAAGGGCUUUAAACUUUA